GAACAAACCGGAAGUGCUCCUUUGACCUACUAAGUACUUCCUGCGGCGUGAUGUCCUUCGUUUAAAUAGUUGUAGAAAUGUUUCUAUCUCGCUGCGGAGCUGGAUUAUAAUCUGUUUUCGGUUCGGAUUAAUUGUUCCGGAUUAUCAGACUCUAUAGAGCGCUGAUUCUGGAUCAUCUCAGCAGAAAUGUCGUCCUUGUGGAGCCUCAGACCGGCGCUGACAACGCUGAUUCAAGUGUCCCAGCUCACCUCAUCCUGGACGGGCCCCCUCCUCUCCAGGACCAUGGCCACUCUCAACCAGAUGCACCGCCAGGGGAAGCCCAAGCCCCCCCCUAAAUCCCUGGGCGCCACCUUCGGCCGCCCGCAGCUCAAAGCGGUCAUCCUGAAGACGAUGAUCCGAAAGCCCAAGAAGCCCAACUCGGCCAACAGGAAGUGCGCUCGGGUGCGGCUCUCCAACGGGAAGGAGGCGGUGGUGUUCAUCCCCGGGGAGGGACACAACCUGCAGGAGCACAACGUGGUUCUGGUGCAGGGGGGGAGGACCCAGGACCUGCCUGGAGUCAAACUGACUGUGGUUCGAGGCAAAUAUGACUGCGCUCAUGUGGUGAAGAAGAAGCAGUAGCCCAGGGUGGCCAUUUUAUUGAGUGUUUGAUGUAAAAUAUAAUUAUAAAUAAAGAAAAUUAAGAUCAUCUGUA